UGAUUAUCCCCAUCAUGUGAUCUACAGCCGAGGCUAUGAAAGAGGACCUUUCAUUUGAGUUGAGACCAGUUCUCAGAGGAUCCUCAGCAGCUCGGUCUGAUCAUGGUGUAGUCAUCUGACUUCUAAUCUUCGUCACUAAGAGGAACAGAAGGUUUUUUUUAUUUAUUUAUUUAUUUUGUGGUCAUGGAUCAUCACAGCUCAGGGCAACACCUCAGUCCACCAGGCCACCCGUCAGGAUUUCAGUGGCUCUCCUUUGCUUAUCAAGGCCUGACAGAAAUCCCCUACGAAGCCAUAUUAUCCCAGACGGACACGCUGGAGGUGCUGGACCUCAGUUACAAUCUGCUGGACGAGAACCCGGCUCUGCUGGGACGACUGGAGAAGCUCAGCACCCUGAUCCUGGACUGCAACAACUACACGUCCCACGUCAAGUUCCCCUACAUGCCGAGCGUCACCGCGCUGUGCAUCAACAAGAACAAGGUCUACAACCUGCCCGUGUUCGUGGAGGAGGUCCGACGAAAGUUCCCCAGCAUCAAGAUCCUAAGCAUGAUGAACAACGAGGCAGCGCCGAGCUACUUCAAUGGAGGAAGUCUGACACAAUAUAUAGACUAUAGACAGUACGUGAUCAGCCAGAUCCCGGGUCUGGAGAUCCUGGAUGACACGGAGGUCCUGGAGAAGGAGAGGGCGCAGGCCAGAAAAACCUACAGGCUGCAGCGCAGCGCACACAGCAGCAGGAAGAGAAAGGAGGACGCCUCCAGGAAACACUCGCACAUACAGAAAAAGUCUAGUAGCAUAUAUCGUACUGCGUCGCCUUAAAGCAGUUUGAGAGUUUGAGGGCCACAUACAUUUGAUCUCAAAGGGGUUGGAACAGUAACACAAAACAUAAUAAACUCAUAAAUAACCUUUUUCCAUUUGUUUUAGAACCAAAAAGAGCAAAUAAAUUGUGUUUAUUACACUUAAUAAAAUAUCCUUUCAAGAAAAUGACUUUUCUUGAGAAAGAUUUGUGCAAUUUGUAGGAAUACAAGUUAUUUUCAUUGAAAAUUUUAAAGGGAUACGCCACCCCUAUGUGCAAUUUACUCACCGUAUUUCCCGUUGGAUAGGUGAGAAAAAGGCGUUUUUAAAUCGGUCCAGACAUCGUCCUAAUCCAGCAGUGCAGGUGUUAGCUUUAGCUUAGCAUAGGCGCUGUAAUGUAGAGUAGUCAAUUAGUCAGUCAUUCGCAAAAUUGACAAAUAAACUCAAGAAUUUGUUGCAUCAACAUUUGCACUCGAUGUGAAUGUGCAGGUCACAAGAGCUAAUUUGGAAAAGUCAACACACUCUUACAGCGGCUAUGCUAAGCUAAAGCUAACAGCUUUAAAAACGCUUCUCACUUAUCCAGCUCUGGGGAAUUUGCUGAAGUUUCACAUAGAGGUGGUGUAUCCCUUUAAGUAAUUUUUACACUUUGCAAAUUUAUGCUGCGGCCCAGAUUAGACCCUCAGAUGGGCCACUUUUGGACCCGCAGGCCCUAUGUUUAAAACCUGUGCAUUAAAGCCACCACUUCUAUGCAACGCUGGAGACAUUAUACAGAUUAUACAGAAUUAUAUAUAUAUAUAUACAAACAAACAAAUGCAUCCUGUGCUCUGCCUCUGCUUGUGACGACAUCACAUUAUCUGUUUGUGUCUGAUAAUAUAUAUAUGUGCAUGUGUAUGUGUGUGUGUGUGUGUGUGUGUGUGUGUGUGUGUGUGUGUGUGUGUGUGUGUGGUAUGAAUCAUAUU